AAGAAGAAGAGGAGGAGGAAGCAAACAAGUCCCCUGUGACAUCAAGAUCAAGGUCGAGGUCCGCCGCGUGCCCUGAAGUGCCCUGGCAGUGUUUCUCGUGGAGGAGGAGGAGCCCCUCGGCGUGCAGGCCCCCAGGGUACAAAGGACUGACUCUUCAACGGGUCACAUGUACAUGAAGGUUAAGAUCAAGAUCAAGGCAUCAUGGCUGGACAACAACAACAAGCCCGUGUACGUCAGCCAAGGGAAUUUCGAGAAAGGAGAGACGUCCUGAAUGAACUGAGUGAUACAGAACUGAUCAGAAGGUACCGACUUGAUCGUGCUGGCAUUGUUUUUGUGACAGACUUGGUGAGGCCCGUGUUACUGAGACCAACGGCGACCAACAAGGCUCUCACUCCCGAGCAUAAAGUUUUAAUAACCUUAAGGUACCUAACGACGGGGAAAAUGCAGCUCUGUAAUGGUGAUGACUUGGGAGUGUCCCAACAGACAGUGAGCAGGGUCAUCACGGAAACACUGGACGCCCUAAGUGCCCCACACAUACUGAAAAGAUUUAUAAAGUUUCCCGCCAAUCAAGAUCUCCAGCAAAAAAAGACAGAAUUCAGGGACGUUGCUGGCUUUCCUGAAGUGGUUGGUGUUAUUGAUGGAACUCACAUCAGAAUUAUGAGACCAAGACAGUUUGAGGCAGAAUAUGUAAACCGCAAGAGAUACCAUAGUAUAAAUGUGCAGGUGGUUUUCGAUGCCAAAUACAAGAUUACUGACUUAGAAGCGAAGUGGCCAGGCUUAGUUCAUGAUGCACGCAUUUUGAAUGAAAGUGGGCUCAAGAGGAUGUUCGAGACUCGUGCUGUUCCAGCUGGAUGCCAUCUGCUUGGGGACAGUGGGUACGGUAACAAAACUUGGCUGCUGACACCAUAUCUGCGACCUCAGCAUGAAUACCAGCUAGCCUACAAUAGAGCUCACAAGAAAACACGGAGUAUUGUGGAGAGAGGAAUUAGCCAGUGGAAGCGAAGAUUUCAUGUUCUCCACAGUGAAAUUCGUGUAACUCCCCCAGGGAAAGUAUGUAAGAUUAUUUUUGUCUGCGCUAUGUUGCACAACAUAUGCAAAGACAGAAAUAUUCAAAUACUUUUGGAGGGUGGUGAAGAACAUGGCCAACCACAAGCAGAGGACAACAUCCAGAUGGCUGCCGGAGAGGAAAAUGACGACAAUGGUGGUCAUGCCGAGCCGCUCCCUGCAGGUCAAGACCGUGAUGGAUUGCGGUACAGGGACGAGUUUGUCAGAUGCUAUUUCAAUGUUGAACUGUGAGGAACUUCGAUGUACAAUCGUGCCAGAAAAAACUGUCUCCUCCUCAUCUACCAUGAAGACUGUUCCGUCUUCCGAGGCAGAGGGAAGCAGCACACUGGUGACUUCUGUGGCAGGGGCAGAGGGAGCAGGCACGCUGGAAAUCACCUCAGCAGCAGCAGCAAAUAAGGCGGGCAGAUCUUGGGUAG